GGGGUAAGGCAGGUUCCACCACGGCACCAGUAGGAACCUGAUUGUGUAGGUCGUGUUUUCUAUCGUGAGAGGAAUAUGAAGCGCAAUUUUACCCGAGUUUCGGUGAAACUCAGUGCAUUUUUGCUAGUGAUUUAUAUAGUUGCGGUUGUCGCUCGUCCAUCACAUGAAGAGUACUCUGAAGAAGAAGAUGAUGAUGACGAUGAUGAAGAUGAUGUUUAUGAUGAUGAUGAAGAUGGAUAUAAGUUACCAUCGCCAAGUGUUAUAAUUACUGAUGGAAUCGAUGGUACCCAUGUGCAGAGCCUUCAGGAGACUGUUGGAUAUUUACAACAAUUUGUCCGACGAUUCAUAAUGCCACAUCUAGACCCUGAUUUGCCCAUUGAUCACUUUCCAGAAUGGUUAAAUGUGCCGAGUAAAAAAAAUAAUACAGAGACCAGUACAGCAACACCAGUGGAACAACUUCCUGAAUUGUUUGGUCCAACAAAUGAGGAACCUGAUCAGCAAACUGAUCCAGCAAUGCCAAUUGAAAAUUUGCCAGAUUGGAUUAUUUCGCCACAUGAGAACCCUAACACACAAGUAAAUGUAACAAUGCCUGACGAGCAAGUUUUCAUACCACCAGAGCUUCCGAUGUCCGGCUUAUUAAGACCUGAACCAACAGAAAAACCUAAGCCAUCAUCCACAAAAAAACCAAAACCCAUUCCACCGCAAGAGGAAAAACCUGUGAUCGCCCAAAAUGUUACUAAUGAUAAUGAUAGGCAAAAUGUUACUAAUGAUAAUGAUAUGGUUGAAGUGAACCCAGAAAUGUUGAGACCCGAGAAAAUUAUACUCACUUUGUCUGAUUCAACAACAACUUCCCCAGUUGUGGUAGAAAGAUCUACAACAGCAACGGAGCCUGCCGCUGUUCCAGAGCCAGCUCCUGCACCUCCUAUUGAACAAGAAAUACCUAGCUUAUCUGUGAGUCCAUCAAUUACUCCAGAAGAACCAGCCGAAGGACCACCUUCAGAAUUAUUGACAAUAAUUCAACCAGUGAUUUCACCAGAAAUGAUAAUAACACAAGACCAAGCGUCAGUAGUUGAGCCUGUGUUGCAGCCUGAACCAGUUCCAGAUGCAACAAUAGGGCCAGAAUCGACUUUACCAUCACAAUCAGAAGUAUCAUUCGACCCGGUGUUACCAGACGAGGUUAUAUCACCCGCAAUAACUGCAGAGCCAACAAUUCUUGGGCUGCCUACGGGACCUUCACUGCCAUCGGAGUUAUUUGGACCUUCUGACUUGAUUUCUGGAGUAGUGGAUGUAGGAAUGAUCUCACCGACAAGUCCUCAAUUUGAAGACGUACCGUUCAUUUUCGAUUUGAUAAAUCAGCCUGCAAAAGAGCCAUUGUUAGUCACGGCGGAAACAAGUAUUCCGGAGUCAGUGAACCAAACACCAAUAACUUCUGUUCCAAUGGAACAAUCAGCUACGCUCAUUCCUGAAGAGCUAACGACUCUAUCUCAAGCAGAAAUGGAAAUGAUAGAUCUGCCGUCAAUGAUUGCACCUACGAUAGUUGCUGGGCAGCCAGCACCUACAACGGUGCCAGAUCCUACAGCAGAUCUAGUUUCUUCUCUUCCUGGAGGAGUGACAAAUAUUCCGGAUACACCUACUGAAUCAGUGAAUAUUGUCUCUCAACCAGUCCAAGACUUUCGACCAUCCUUAGAAACAUCUCCUAUGGAGCCUGCAGACAUUCAACAGAACCAGUUUGAAAUGCCAGUUAUCAUGGAAGCUUUGACUGCACCAUCACAGCCCACGCAGGAAACUUCAAUUGACCCUACUUUGGCGGAAUCAUUUCCUCCGCCGAUAAUUAUUGGAUCGGAGUCAACUGAUCCUAUAAUGAUCGGUGCCCAAGCAGGGCAAAGUGAACCUACGGUAGAAGAAGUUUUACCAUCGGCACCUUUGACAAUGGAAUCACCCAUAGAGCAGCAACCCUAUUCAAUCAAUCCAGUUUUAGGGGAACCAUCCCCUCCAGCAGUUAUCGUUGGUUCGGAAUCCGUUGAUCCAACGGCGGUAGAGCCAGUGGCGCCAACAGAAUCAAUAGCUGCGCCCCAUGUGGGUACUACGAUGCCUGCUCAGCCAGAGCUAAUAGUAGACGAGCCCCAUGAUCCGGUAGACAAUUUGCAGGAUCCUGUCGAAGCUAGUCCAAGGCGUCCGAAAGAACUUCCUGUUAUUCAAAUGCUUCUACUUGAAGAGAAAGUGCAACCAACUGCAAGAGGAUUAAUGGAAGAGAGGAAAGAGAUACCAGUGUUAACUUGUCACAACUGCACAAUCCGAAUGGCGUGUACCGACUGUGUGAAGUUCCGUCCAGAACUAGUAUUAUCUGAACCGAGUGCAUUCCCAAUGACUAUCACAACACCCGGACUUGAGAUUGUCGCUGAACCAAACAUAUAUGAAAUCCUUGCCAACUAUUCAGAGACUAAUCCAGCCAGGAUGCAAGUUUUUGAAAUGUCUAAUGUGGAUGCAACUAUUAAUGGGAAUGAAGUGACCAUUGAAGCUGCAUCCGAAAGAGAAAUGUCUGAAGCUGGUCAAGCUGAAGAUAUAAUGACUCCCAACAUGCAAAGGCGUCUGUUGCUAGAUGAAGCAAGUAUGCAAGCGAAUGCUCCUUUGGUGGUUGAUGAACCAGUUCCAGUCGAAAUUCCUGUGUCAAUGGCCGAUACACCGAUAAGACCUGAAGCUGUUAAGGUGCAAAUGCAACCGGCGAUAGAGAAGAGGACAAUGGCAGGUCAUGAUAGUCUUAGACGUACAAAACGCAGUCUGGCAACAAAACCAAAUAUUGUCUUGAAAGCCACUUUGAGACAGUUGAUUUAGUGGAGUUCAUUGCCUGAAACGGGCUCCUAGAUAUAAGUUACAAUUUACUUUUUAUCGUAAUAUAUCUUGGACUAAUUUUAUACUAAUAAAAAUGUUCUGUACUUUUUUGUGUCA